GUCCCCGGACAGUUGUCGGUUGCGGGCGACGCGACGACGACACAGCGCGAAGCACUGCCGAUAUUUUAGUUUCCAUAAAAAUCAGACGUUUUUUCGAUUCUGUAGAUUCGUCACUUUUCUACGUUUGCAUAAUCAAUCUUCAAGAACUACUGCCCAGUGUCAGUAAAAUCUUGUUUCAUCUCGAAUAUCUUGGUCCGUUAUUCUUCGUAAUCGGUCAGAGUCGAGGAAUCGAAACGGAAGCAUCGCGAAGCACGAGAGCAAUGCAACGCAAUAAAUUGAAUAAAUGAGCCGGUAGAACCGGAAUUUUUGCGAAGAAACACAAAUAUUCAUCGAUUUCGAGGACACGCGUGAAAUGAAGGUUAAACUGCGAUAGUGAAACAGUGAGGUGAGCACAUUCUGGUCAAUGCCACAGCCGAGCCAUAUCGUGCAUUCGUGAAACAAGAUUUCAGGACCUCGACAAAUAACUCGGCCACGAAAUGACCCUCGCAGAAACCAUCACCGAACCGGCCAGCAACGGCACCAAGCUGGCACCUGAAAAAUCGAACGGUUACACUUGCCAAUUGAAGCCAAUAUCUCGACUGAGACAAAGCGUUCCACAAAUAUGUGCGGUGACCGCGAAGAAUCUUCUCCUCAUCACUUUCGGCUCGACCUUGGGCUUCCCUACGAUUCUUCUUCCGGCAUUGCAAAAAAAAAAUCCUGACGUACCGGUGACGAUGGAUGAUCUAACGUGGAUAAGUAGCAUCAAUCUGUUCGCUGUACCCCUUGGUUGUGUCGUGAGCGGGCCAGUGUCUCAACUUAUAGGGAGAAAAAAAUCGAUGUUAAUCGCAAAUAUCCCAUUCAUCGGUGCAUGGUUGCUUCUCCAUUAUGCAACGACGUCCACCAUGCUUUUCAUCCCAUUGGCGCUGACAGGUUUCACGGGAGGUCUGAUCGAAGGACCUGUGUUGACGUACGUCGCCGAGGUGACGCAACCUCAUCUCCGUGGGCUUUUAUCGGCGACCUCGACCAUGUCGAUUAUUCUUGGAAUAUUCACUCAGCUAUUAGCCGGAAGUCUUGCUGAUUGGAGAACCAUAGCCCUAAUAAAUAUCGUGUUUCCCUUGUUGUGUGCAACUGCACUGAUGCUGGUUCCUGAAAGUCCCUACUGGUUGGCAGGCAAAGGGCGUGUCAAGGAGGCCAUGAGGGCUCUACGUUUUUUGCGUGGAUGGGUAGGCCCGGCCUACGUUCAAGAGGAGCUCCAGACAAUAAUGAUGACGAUUCAGGAGCCUUCGGAUCGAGUAAACGCGAACGACCCGAAAAAGGAGAAAUUUUGGAAAGCCUAUUUUAGAAAAUCAGUUUUGAAACCGUUCCUGCUCAUAACAAUCGCUUUCUUUGCCUCCGCUUUCGGGGGUUCAGCGACUCUGCAAACUUACGCGGUUUCGAUAUUCGAGAACAUGAAAUCACCGAUCGACAAAUACACAGCCGCGGUGUGGCUCGGUGUCGCUGAAUUUGUUGGAACUCUCACCUGCGUGCUGACCAUACACACUUUCGGCAAAAGAAAAUUGACGUUUUUUUCCAUGACUGGCACCGGUCUUUGCUUCUUGUUCAGUGCCAUUUACUCGUAUUUGUUGAGCUACGACCUCAUCGAUUCCCAGGCAUGGACUUGGCUCCCCACGACCCUCCUUAUUGGCUCUGCUUACCUCUCGCACGUUGGAAUAAGACUGCUCGCAUGGGUUCUUACCGGCGAAGUUUUUCCUGCCAUGGUGCGAGCCGGAGCAACGGGAGUCGCAGCAUCGGUCGGUUACAUAUUCACAUCGAUAGCGAACAAAACCUUCCUCUACAUGGUAAAAGGGAUGGAGUUUUCCGGAACGUUCAUUUUCUACGCGGCAAUGAAUCUCCUGAGCGGUAUUAUUCUGUACUUCAUGCUGCCAGAAACCGAGGGUAGGACGCUCCGCGAGAUCGAGGAACAUUACGCCGGAAUAAAUAAUCUGAAAAAUAAACCGAGCGAGAAAGCGUUGUCGGAUAAAGAAAAAUGGGCGGCUUCAAAUCCGACGCUUGUUCUCGACGACACGGAGACGAGACUGUGAAUCCCUGACGAUUAUCGUGAAGCCUUUAAUCGCUAACGAAUUCGAAUGCCAAUUUUUAUACUCAUCGACUCUCUCAAUCCCGCGCGAGAUUCAUUACUUUACGACGAACAUAACAAAUUAAGGACGACUUUGGUUACGUUUUUUAUUAGUAUGCACACGUCGUGGGUUGCGUAAUUGACUAUCUGCUGACUACGAGAAUCCGAUCGAUCGGACUAUACGCGAUACCAUCAAUGUUGAUUUUAUCCAUUUAAAUGUCUGUUUGAUAACGUUUCAUCAUCUUUGAGCUCUCGCUGAGAAACGGAGAGUAUCAAUUUUAUUCCUCGACGAUUCCGUUCGUUUUGUUAAGAUAAAACUCCUCGCUUCCGUCA